GAAGAUACAGGCUUCAAAGAUGGGGUUGGGGGUUGAAAAAAAUAUCCGUUCUUAUCAAACCUCAAAUCAAGUUUCUAUCUUCCUCUAGCUGUGCACACUAUAAAGCAUUUAAAAGGGGAGGCAGACUCUAAUUGACUCAGACAUCUGCAACAGCUCAACAUUGAAACCUGCAAAUCAUCUUUAAAAAACAUGAGGACAACCUGUGUGUGUCUGGUCGUUGGACUGGUCCUGCUGGUGGCCUGGACUUCUGAGGCUCACCCUCAAGCGCUAACAGUUCCACUAAAAUGCUGUUUCAACUUCAUCGACUUCCCAAUUCCAAGCAACAAAGUUAAGCAUGUUGAGCAGACAAGCCAAAGCUGCCCCAUCAAAGCUGUUCUGGUAACAACAGAGAGGGGUGAAUUUUGUGUGAAACCAAACGCGCCUUGGCUAAAGAAGAUAAAGUAGUUCCUGCCAUCUAAAAUGCAACACCUGCAUCAUGGCUUUUUUUUUUUUUUUUUGCUAAAUGCAACUGCUCUUUAUUAUAAAAGUUAUUUUAUAUAUAUAUUCCACUGUGCAAUGCAUUAUUAAAAAAAUCUUUUAACCCUC